AUGGAACAAGCAGCGAGGGCGGCUGCAGCGGUGGCGGCAACAAGGGCAGAAUCGCCGACGAAUUCGUUUCCGCGAACGACACGGCCAUGGCGGACGGAACUUUGUCCACGUCACUCGCGAAACCUUUCCCGCCAAUCGCGGAACGAGAAGCUGGAGCGAAACAAGGAGAAUCUCGCUUCCGGCAACGAACGCGGCGAGCCGCUCGAGCUGUCCUUGCGGCCAACGGCAACGGACACGAACGAUUGUCCGCCGGACCCGCAAGUCGACCCGAAAUCAGCAGCUGCAGCGGCGGCAACGGCAAUGACGAUGGCGAUGUCACUUCGACCAUCGAGACGGCCGCGACGAGCGGAACUUUAUCGGCUGGACCCGCAAAACCUUCCUCACAGAUCGCAGAACAAGAAGCCGGAUUUCGCUUCCGGUAACCCCUUGCGACAGGUAAACUCUGAAACGACGUUGAUGCGGCCAACGUGUGCGGUACCAGCAGCGACGAACGACCUUCCUCGCAUCGAAACCGAACAACAGCAACAACGCAGCAACCUUCCGUGGAACGAGAAGCCGGAACGAAACGAGAAUUUCGCUUCCGGCAACGAACGGGGCGAGCUGCUCGGGCUGCCCGUGUCGCCAAUGGCUUCGACCAUGGCCGCACCAAG